CACACGGGCAGCAUGGCCGCACGCCACACCGCUGCAGCCGCAGCUGGUGUGUGAAACCGGCGCCACGCUCCGCCCCUUUUGAAGUUCAGCAGCCGUCAAGGUGGACCAUGUCUGCCUCCGGCGUUGUGCGCGCCUUGUAGUCGUCGACUCGUUCGCGACCGUUUUGACGUCGUCCGGCAGUGUCACGUUGAUCUCGGACAGACGUCUUGCCCAUCGUGCCAUCUCGGACGUGCGUCGAUGAUCUGCUUUUUUUUCGCGGACACCCGGAAAGCACAGCGGUACCUGUCACUCACCGGAGUAGUAAAGAGAGACAAGCUGUAGCGACGGGAUCAUCGUUGCCGUUCUAUUUGUUGGUGUUGCUACCGCUAACCUCAUACUGUCCUCUUUCCUCGCUUCGAGUGGUGGUGUGUAUUCGUUCGGUGCUUGGGACGUCAGUGAAUUGUGAUUGCUUUCUUGUGCUGCAUCUGAUUGCGCCGAGGCACGACUGAAAUGCAGAGCGCGCGCUCCUUCCUGAACGUGACAGAGAUCACCCGUACUUCACGUGCGACGACGCUCGACAGUUGCAGCGUGUGAUUGCCGCUUCCGUGCAUUGGAUUUAACGCGGCGAUUGUUUUGUUUUGUGUGCUGUGACCAACCUUUCAAGCGGUGCCUGGUUCUCACGCUUACCGGUUUUCAACGUGCCUGCCCGGGGCACGGUAGGGCGGCGGUGUACUUACGUUGGAUUGAGUUAUCGUGUGCUGCUUCUGCGUUCACGUGGACUACCCUCGAGCUAAGGACACAGGCUCGCGUCCCAGGUUCGUCGAUGACGUCGUCGUCGAUGGUAGUGUUGUCAUCAAUUGACCAAUGCCUGUAAAGCGUACAGCAAGGAUCACGCAAGAGAUCGUGUGAGACGUCUUUCGCAAUCAUGGAUGGGCUGGUACGCCAUCUUUAGGACAGCCUGCAGACAGAACGUGACGUGGGACACUGAAUGGACCGUCUUCAUUUGUCCAGAGCUUGCCUCCUUGCUGACAAAUUGAUCACUCAUCCUUGGCGCCUACCUUAGUCCAAGAGCUCAUCACGGCCAUCUACCUACGUUUAUCCACGGGCCUAAACAAUUAUCCUGCCAAGGCGGAUCUCCCGGCUGAAGACCACCAGCGCCCGUGGGAAGAGGCUGAGUGAAGAACGCCACAUGCCUCUCCAGGCGGGCGGUGGCAACGACUGGAUGACACACGAGCCGGAGAAAGUUUUCACAGUUCCUACUCAAGAAGGUAAUCAGAGCGACGCACGUCGGUUAUGACGACGACUACCGGAGGAGCGGCGGCCCGCUGACCACCAGUGCGCAUCUAUGAAGCGCCGUGCAGCGCGCGGCCGUGCCGCCAUGCCUUCCGGUCUGCAGCUGCUGUGGUUCGUCGUGGCACUGUCUCAGCUGCCACCGCGCGUCCAAUGCUUCGCGUGCAGCGACCGCUGCAAGUGCAUCUGGCGCAACGGCAAGCAGUACGGCGAGUGUGCGCUCCAGGAGCUCACGGCGCUGCCCUCGGGCAUGGACGAAAGCCUACAAGUGCUCAACCUGACCCACAACCUAAUCCAGACGCUGCCAAAGCGCGCUUUCCUCAGCGCGGGACUCGUCAACGUCCAGAAGUUAUACCUGUCCCGCUGCGAGCUAAGCCACAUCGACGACUCCGCGCUAUUCAAAGUGACCAACCUCAUCGAGCUCGACCUGUCGGACAACAAGCUGACUGUUGUGCCGACUGCGGCGCUAAGCAGCACGCGCAACCUGAGGACACUCUACAUCAAUCGAAACCCCAUCACAGCUCUGGCGGACAUGGCUUUCGCAGAACUGGCGGAACUAGCCCACUUGGAGCUUACUGAGUGCCGCUUGGAGUCCAUUUCUGUUCGCGCAUUCGAAGGACUGUCCAAGCUGCGAGUGCUCAAGCUGGACCACAACCUGCUCGAGACUCUGCCGGGCAGAGCCAUGGCACCGUUCCCGUCUUUACACGAGAUUGCCCUAGAUGGCAACCAGUGGCGCUGCGACUGCGAACUUCGGGCGUUCCGCAUGUGGCUCGAGAGGAACAAUAUCUCUCUCUACUCACCCACUUGUCACAAGCCGCUUCGGUUAAGCGGCAGGCCGUGGAAGAGCCUGUCCAGCGAGGAUAUGGCCUGCCCCCCGGCAUUCCUCAACACGAGUACGAGCACGAUGGACGCGAUCGUGGUGCAAGAGAAUAACAACGUGACGCUCGAGUGCCGCGUGCGCGCUGACCCUGCGGCGCACAUUUCUUGGCUUUGGAAGGACAAGCCGCUGACCAACCAGAGCGAGCCGGGCCAGGCGUUCGUUCUCACCCAGGACGCCGGCGACCGCGAGCGUCUCUCCUGGCUCACGCUCAGCUUCGUGACGGAGCCGUUGGCGGGCCCGUACGCGUGCGCCGCGCAGAACGCGGCCGGCCGCGUCGUGAGAAACUUCACGCUCGCUGUGAACCGACGCCCGACAGAAGUUCGUGCGUCUGCCGGGGGCUCGACGGCCGAGGUGGAGAUGACGGAGCAGGCGCGUGAGUCGACCGAGCUGCAACAGCGCUCGUACACCGAGAACCCCGUGCUGGGCAUGGUCAUCGGCAUUUUGGUUGGCGCCUUCGCCGUGCUGCUUGUAUUCGGCCUCACGCUGUGGCUGUGCCGCCGGCGAGGCCGCCGCCGAGGGGUGCCACCGGGCUCACGCAAGUCCAAACGCACGGAGGCCAAUAGCAAUCACAAGACGCUGCACAACGACAAGCAGCAGCAGCAGUCGCAGCCGGCAACUGGCGACGCGGCUGACGUCAAGCUGCUGGUGAACCCGAUCCAGAAGCCGCCGCGCCUGCUCAUGACCAACAGCUACCAGGGUCUGCCGUCGGAGCUGGAGCCUCUGGACCCGGGCCUCUGUGUCGAGUCCUCUUCGGGCGUCUGGGUGGUCAAAGAGCACGAUUACUCGACGGACGAGUCGGUGCUCUCGUCCAUUCCUUCUCGCGCAGGCACCAUUGACCGGCGCUCCUUGGCCCGCAGUCCGAUCCCCGUGCCCAUGCCCGUCGUGCCCACGGACGACCUGCAUGCGCGCCUGCACGGUGAGCUGACAGACACGCUUCGGCGCACCAAGGGCGACCGGCGGCCCCUGGUAGAGCGACCCGAUGCCCAGAGUCCUAUCGAGCCGUAUGCGGGCCUCGAGACGCUGCGUGUGCGAGACCUGGAGCCCCGCGGGCCCGACCUCAUCGACCAGAUCGGCGGCGCCGCCCAGCCCCCGCCGUCACCGCGAUGGACGCCGUACGACCACCCGUCGGCAUACUACCGCGCCGCGGCUGGCACGCCCCAGAGCUGCUACCCGCCCAGCAUACCCGAGGCGCCGGCGGACGGCACCGAGGUCUAGUCAGAGUGCCCCGACGCAGCGUCUUUUCACAAACAGGACGAUGCACACUAAUCACUCCAGAACACGAAAUGGUGCUUUGCUGUCUCAUGGCCAACACCCAUUGAUUGUUGCUUGUCCAUGACAAAUGGUUCACAGGAUAUCCCUUGCUACUGAGAGAGAAUCACAGCUUCAGUACACUCAGACUUCUUUUAAAAGCAAGACUCUUGCUGAAUGGCCAUAUCGGCGACUUCACUUUUGUGGAGCAUGCUCGUAAAGCUGCUGUGCUAUAUGAUUAGCACAGGCCAUCAGGAAAUGAUGACGCAGGUGACCUAGAGUCAACUCAGCUGAUCAUUAGCUUCUUGGAGGAGUAACCCAUUAUAUUUGGUAAUAUUGGGGAUCUAAAGUAAUCUAUACUGAAGUAUUCCCAGUAACAAGGAAGAAAAAAUUACCAAUUGUGUACAUGUUUCAAUGCGCUCAAGCAUUAACGACAGGUACUCUUAUCCUAUCAUAAGAGACAGACUAUGUAACUAAGAUUUGGUUUCAAUUUUCACAGUUGCCACAAUGGAGCCCCAGGUAAUACUAGUCUAGCAAAUACAGGCAGUGUCACUGGAAAAUGCAUGGCCACACAGACACAGAACUAUUUAUGCAGGAUUCACAUCUCCUUUGUUUUUGCUUGUGUGCAUUACACUGGAACUCCAAGAUCACAUUCCAACAAGCCCGCAUUGCAACACUGUAAACUCUGAAAACAGUCUAAAUCAUCAUGGGUGUCAGCCAUGAAAUGUUUGCGCACCUUUUCGCAAGUCCAAUUAUUCUGUGUGCACUCAUAGAAGGUGAUGUGAUGCGGCGUUAGACACUUAACUUUUCGCAGCCAAGGGUGGAAAAUGAACACUCCCCUCUGCAUUUGUUCCUUCAUUGUAGUUGGCAUUUGUUCGUGCGUGUUUCAUUUUGAAUGUAACACCCCAAUGUGAAGAUGUGUUAUUUCUGUUCCCACCACCAUGCGACUCGUCACACACCAACACAUAGUAUCGCAUUGUGUUUGCACGGAGCUGAUGCCGCCAUUAAGGAUGUGGGUGUAUUGUCAGUUGUGACCGUCCCUCACACCACUGUUCUCAUUUUACACGUACACGGGUCGUGCCAUGUGGGGCGGAUAACUAGUUUAGCCUCAUUUACUUUCACAGUGGUUGACUAGUUGCAGAGUUUAAAGCACCGUGGCAGUUCCAAUCAAGAAGAAUGGUGACUCAUCUUCACCAAAAGUUGAAGAAACAAGUGGAUUUCACUCAUUUUUGUACAGCGACAGGAUGUUACACUCGCAUCUCAAAGGGUGUCUGGUGUACACCUGCAAGCAAAGAUGUUUCAUCUUGACAUGAGAUUCUGGCGUGGCUGGACUGUGCUUCCCAAGCCUGCUUCUCGAGAAAAAUAGAAGAUAUUAUCACAUGCAACCACAUACUUUAUGGCCACUCAUUAGAAUUAGACUGUGUCAUUCGGAACAUAACAGUGUCACAUCUUUCGGCUUUAUCUGGCCACCAAUGUCAUUAAACAAGUAUUUUAAUGUUCCUCUUUUAUUGUGAUGUGGUCACCAUAGCCAGAUAAUGAUAAGCAACCUCUCAUUCAAUUGCACGCCACCAUAGUAUUGUGUCCGCAUCGCAGUUCACACUGUGUAAUGAAAAAUAUUUAGCAUCGGCCAGUUGGCCGUUUCAUUAUUUCUGCACGUCAAACUGUCAAUGCCACUACAGUAAAUAAGAAAAUUGCACUUUCACAAUUCCAAAGUCACCACGCUUGUGGCAAUAAGAUGCUUGGUAAAAAAAAAAACACUUGAAAAAAAAAAAUACUAAGUGUUAUGCUUUGUUCAAGUGCCAAACGAAGCUAGUCAGGCAGAACUAUUUGCCCUAGUCUGCCUCAUGAGAAAAAAAGGCUUAUCAAUAAGCAGAAUCACAAUUACAUACUGCUUCUGAAUUCACACACUUCAAAUAUAAGAGGGUCGACAUUUGUCCUGCAUAGCUCACUGUGUCCCAUCUAAAAAUGCAUAAUAAGAACCAUGUUUCUAAUUUGAUGCUUUCAAUUAUCAAAAAGCACAGAAAAACAUUUCAUUGAAAGGUCACUGGUGAAACAUAAAUUUUAGUUUGAUUCAGCAUAUCGAAACUAAUGUCAUCCUUGGAAUAUGUCCUAGGUGAAUAUGCCUUGAAAAUCUGAAAAUGCUCAAGCCAAAUAAAAUUUAUAGGGCUCCACUAUCUUCCCUAAGAUGGUCAAAAUUUUAAUUAGCAUGUUUGUGCAAGCCCAUUAUUUAAAUUUCUUGGGCAAGCAGGAUGCCACUUGAAGUAAUUGAGCCCUAGGAUUACAAUUAUACUAAUACAGGAAGCUUUCUAAAGUUGUAUUUAGACAGAGGAGUGAUGCUGGAGGCUUAUGCACAGUUAAAUGUCAAUCCAUAUGGCCAAAACAUCUGGAGUGCUCAACAACUAUGCGGCUCAUAAUCUUAUGGUGCUUAUGGCUCCUCGAAACCCCAAAUAUUAUUAUGGGCAGAGCCUAUAUAUUCAGUAUGUACUCAUAACACCUAAAUUUGUCAGUGUUCAAAGCAUCAUGUGCUUCUGUUUUAUUACCUAUAGGCCGAGGUUUUAUGUAGUUGCAUUGAGUGUGACUAGAAGAUGAAAUCGAGUUUAUUUGUCUUAGCAAAAUUAUAAAUCUGGUGCAAGGCACGUUCCAGCUUGAUUACCUGAAAGCUUUUAUUCCACACAUUUUACCACAGUACUUAACGAAAUGAACAGAUUGAAUAAUUACAUGCAAGGCCGUUACUGAACUACGUAUUUCGAGAUGUUGGCCUUUCUUGGAAAUUUAUAAGAAAAAGACAUCAAUUUCUCUAUUAGCAGGUAUAUUGAAGCACAGUGUUCAACCAUGUCACAAGUCCAUGAGCACAGUAACAUAGGUUGCAUUCUGAUUGUUACAUGGCUAUUUAUUAUACCAGUGACACCACUUGUAUAUUAUAGUUCCCUAUGCCAAAGGAUCUGUGCAUCUAUACAGCCGACUGCUGCAAGCUGGACAGAGACACAUGUGGGAUGACCGGCUUGUCUGCAUUGAUUAUUUCCAAACACGCAAAGUCUCUCAAACAAUUAGGAAGUCAGUGCAAUGAGGUUUUGCUGUUGUGCCGUGCACAGUGCUCUUUGGUGACGACCCCACAGGUGAAGUUCUCCACUGUUCUUUUCCUGCAAGACAAGAUGUGCCUUAUAAGUGUGAAGUUUUUUGCAGGCAAAAAUAGACACUUGUGACGUGGAGUGCGGCUACUGUGAGACGGUCAGGCUUGAGGAACUCCUCGGAAUAGGCACUGCAAGAAGCUCAACGGAUGUGUAUAAAUAUGUGAACCAUGUCAUUAUGUGUGCGUGCAUGUAUGUGUAAAUAGUCUGCAUUGAACAAUGAACUGAAAUAAAAAACGGCAGUGUUCCAAGAUGAA